AUGCCCCUCUCACCGGAAAUCUCCCACAGACUGGUGACGCUGAUCAAGGCGUUGAUGCAGCUGUCGACCCACUCGACCCCGAGGCGGUACUACUCGACCAUCUUCCGCGACCUGCCCGACCCGACCAUCUACUCCGACUAUUACGUCUUUAUCAAGGAACCCAGGGCCUUGAACCCCAUCAUGGUCCGUUGAUCUCGUAGCACGACGCGCGUUUGGCACGACGCGACCGCCGAGCUGAGCUGACCACAUACAUCCCUCCCGGUGGUUGUGCACCUCGACAGCAAAGCCUGCACAACUCGAGGUACUCGUCACCCCAUGCUGUAGCCUACGAUCUCUUUCUCGUCUGGUCCAACGCCAGGGAGUACAACGAGGUCGGGUCCCAGGUCUACAACGACGCCGACAAACUCCAGGUUCGUACACAACACUUCACGGGUUUCCAUUCUGCGUGUGACCCAAGCUCACCUCUUCCUCACCCACACAGAGACACAUGGAGCGCAUGUGGAAAGACAUGGUGCCGCCCUUGCCUCCGCUCGAGCAGUUGCCGCGACCGGGAAUGCUCAACCCAGCCCAGGCAGCCGGUUCCUUUACCACCCCCAACUCUGCAGUCGGCGAGUACGCUUCGGGCUCCAACACGACCGCCGCACCCGUCCCCGUCGGCGAUGGGGGCCACAAGCGCAUCAAGAUCAUGUCCUCGGCCCUCGCAACUCACUCCGGCUCUUCGGCUUCGGGCGCUCCCUCCCCGACCUCGUCAGAGUUCUCGUCCAUGCCCAAGAUCCGCCUCAACGUCGCUUCGACCUCGUUCCCUUCCAGCCAUCCGCCACCCUUGCAGUCACUGCCUCCGCUACCGCAUUCCCAAACAUCGGGUGCAGCACCUUUGACCCUCAAGCUGGCCAUCAAACCACCCGGUGCGUCCGCGUCCUCCUCGGCAGCUUCCUCGCCCGUCAUCACACCCGCCCUUGCCCCCUCGACACUUGGCGCGCCGCAUCCGUCAUCUUCGGCACCGUCCCCUCAACCUGCGCAUACUCCGUCUGCGGCACCCUCACCCGUACCAACCUCGGCUGCGAUCCCGCAAACGAUGGCCACGUCGCGUGACGCGACCCCCAACCCCGCGACGGGGACGCAUGACUCGACCUCGGCUGCCGCACCUCCACCGCCUGCCCAGGCCCCCGUCCCAGGACCUGUCCCACCUCAACAACAUCGCCCCAGUCCAGCUCCGACCCCCGUAGCCCACGUAUCAGAACCCGCACCUCAACCCGUCGCUCGUGAAUUGCCGAAUGGUACCUUGACCGAUGUCGAAUCGGGCUGGAUGGGCGGCGAGAUCGAAGGUGACCCCACGUCCUUGUAUCUCGAGGUGCUCUACACCUUGCGCGACUACACCGACUCCGAAGGACGACGACUCGCUGCACCGUACAUGACGCUAUCCGAGCGGCCCGAGUAUUACGACCAGGUCGACGAUCCGGUGGCGCUCGAUACGAUCGAAGCUCGCGUCCAUGCGCGAGCAUACGAGUCACCCGAGAUGUUUGAUCGUGAUCUCUUUCGCCUGUUCGAGAACGCCAAGUUAUUCACUCACCCUGGAGAAUCAAAUUCGGAAUACGCCGACUUGGUCGUCCUGCAGCGCGUGUACCAAGAGUUGACCAAACGGGUCUCCUCACUCACGCCUCGACCGCAGAACUUGACCGUGCCCGCUUUAUCGUCGGUCAAAUUGGGCCCGGGCAAUUGCGAAGGCAAGGACCCGGUCGAUGGUGAACCCAAGACGGCGCAAACGCGUAUCUCGAUGAAGGACAAGAUCUUUCUCGACCACAUCAACUUCAAAGGCCAAGUCCUGCGCGUCGGCGAUUGGUGCCAUUUGCUCAACCCGGAAAACCCUGCGAAACCCAUCAUCGCGCAGAUCUUCAAAGUUUACAAACGGAUGGACUCGCCUCAACGAUGCUUGUCCGUUUGUUGGUACUAUCGACCCGAGGAGACGAUCCACCCCAGAUCGCGCACGUUCUACGAAGGCGAGGUCUUCAAGUCGGGUCAAUUCGUCGAUCACGCGAUCGAGGAUUUCAUCGAUCGUUGCUUCGUCAUGUUCUUCACGCGUUACAUCCGAGGUCGACCCAAGGCUCCUGUAUGGGACGAAUCGUUGCCUUUGUACGUCGUCGAACAUCGGUACAAGGAUGAGAUCCAUAGCUUCAAAAAGAUCAAGAAUUGGAAUUCGUGCGUGCCGGAGGAGAUUAGGAAACAAGAAUAUGCGCUAGUGACGUUUCCGGGUGGGGAUCCAGUGACGUUGCCGAGGUACCCGAGUCCUUUCUUGAGAGGGAUCGAAGGCCCGGGUCGCUUUGGAGAGGCGUUGGAUGAAGCACCUUCAGGUGGAGCAGGGGGAAGUGCAGGUAAAUCGAACGAGAAGGAGACGUCGUCGUCCAAUACGAACGCUACAGCAGGUCGAUACCAUUCCUCGGCGCCUUUGAACCCCAACGUCAAUCCUCAACCCGUCAAGACCUCGACGCCAAUGAGCGAAUUCGAUCUACCUCGACCACCACCGAGUGGGGUAGCUCAUCAUUCUUCCGUACAGCCUGAAGAAUUGCAUCCUUUACCACCGGAUUCGGUCGGAAGACCGACGACGUAUGCGCAGGGUUAUGGUGGUCAGGGUGUGGUGAAUGCGCCUCCGCCUCCCCCCCCGAUGCCGUUCUUGCAUUCCGCGGGCAUGUUUACUCCUGUUGAGAUGACGGCGCAGAAGGAACAGCGCUUCACGGCUUUGCCCCCUCAGAUUCGUAAGUUGUUGCCCACUUUCUCCCUUUCAUUUGAAUACUGAUACUGAUUUAUUCUUCCGCAUCUCCUCGAAAACAGAAUCCAAACUCCGCACCGACGAGUUCGGCGACGUACUCUGGUUCACCACACCUGGUCUCCCCGACAAGCCUUCCGCAAACGACAUGACGAAAGAUCUCAAGCCUACGCAUUCGCUCGAUUAUUUGUACUGGAAGGUGAUGCAGAAGCAACAGGGGCAGCAGUCUGUAGCGAUGGAUGUCGAGUCGUAA